UGGCGUGUGUUGAUUCUGAAGUUAUUUUGUGCAUUAUUGUCGUCAUUAGCAAAACAGAUCCCUUCUGAAGUAAAAAAUAUUGAACUUUAAGCAAAAGUAGGUCAAAGACGGAAAGUUUCGCGAUUUUCGGGUUCGACAGCUGUAAAAUAUUUGUAAUUUACUGAAGUGGAAAUGUGAAAAAUUAUCGCGCUAUUUACGAUCUGUUUUCUCAUCUCCUGCGUCUGAGCACAAAACUGGCGCAAUCAGGGACGAAAGCGGAAACAAAAACCAACAAGAAGCAUCAACAGAUUAUAACCUUCAAAAUUCAGCCCAGAAGAUUCACCUUAAACGGAUCCAUCAUGAAUGAAAAUCUAGCGAAAAUAUGUAGAAUAUGUUUGAUGGAAGGCUCAAGAAGUAUUUUCCAGAAAACUGUAACCCAUGAGGCACUUUAUAAUGUAUCCUCGUUGAAUCGAAUCUCAGAAAAGUUACGCUACGUAACACUGUUGAAGAUUGAUGAUAUGGAAAACUUGCCGCCAAUGAUCUGCGAUUUAUGUAUCGUUCAGCUAAAUGUUGCAUAUAAUUUUAAACGUCAGGCCACUGAAUCCGAUACCAAGUUGCGCCAAUAUUUGAUCGAGAAUGGUAUCGAUAUAAUGAAGGAUCCAAAUAGUCUUCCGACGAGCUCAACGGCCACAAGUCGAGCUAUCACCAAUCAACGCUGCAACUCCAUCUCAUCGUUGUCAGUGGUAGAGGUACCAUCGAAUCGGAAUGUCAACUCUAACCCUCAACCGUUCGCGGGUCGUUUACUACCGAUCCGGAUUAAAGUUGAAACACCGGAUACGGCGGAGUCAACCGAACAACAGACCGAAACAGUUGAUUUACUCUCGAACUCAACCAUGUCUUCAACAAGUGCUAUGACACCUUCCGUUGCUGCGCCGCCCUUUAAUCCAACGAUUGUAGCGAUCGAAAAUUCUCCCAAAACAACUACAAGUUGCCGUACUUUAAUGGAAAGUUCACCUUCCUCCGGUAAAGAAAGCCUAAUUUCGAAUGGACGGGACAGCGUUAUGGUGAUGGUUGAUAGCCAACAUAUGAACAAACAAGCUGAUGAAGAAUUCGUGCAGAAUAUUUUAGGAUCCAACUGCAGCGUUGCUACAAAUUUUAGUAAAUCCACAGGGAGUGAUAAUGUGGCAACAAAAGUAAAUCGAGACAUAACUAAUCAACCGCUAACGAGUUCAAAGGAUUCACAGCAAGAAAAGCGUUUGAAAUCGUUGUUGUCAUCUUUAUCCAUCAAUAUGGUCACUAAUGCAAGAUUCCCCAGAUCCAAGCUUCGCACCAAGGCGAGGAAGAAGCUCCUGAAAGUGAAAGAUACAAAAAGGCCAAAACAUGAGUCAAUCACAAAAACACUUGGUUCCACCGAUUCAAUUAUCAAAAGGAGACACUCGUUGGAUAUUGCUCACUUGAUGGAUCGAUCUAAAGAUAUCAAAGUCAAGAAUGAGCAAAAAGAAGUUAUUAAAACAACUGAGAAGAAGCGCUCCAAUCUUGCGAAUUCUAGCGUGAUUAGUUCCAGAAAGCUCCGGUGCUUGAGAGAGAAAAUCCGCGAAGAAAAGGAUAAGCAGAAUACGCCAACUAAAACAGUUACAGGGGCAGAGCAGAAGCGUCGUAAAACGACCGUUGAUAUUGCUGGGAAGGAUGAUUUAGCUAACCCAACAAGUGUGAAUGGGGACAAAUCGAGAACUUCAGUUUCCUGAGUGCGCGUGAAGAAGGAGCCUUGUUAAGCGAUAGAACGAGUGUGAACAGUAGAUUGUUACCACAGUAGAGUUGUCUAUUUGUACAGAUUUCCCGGAACAAUUGUAGUUGAUUCAACUGUAAUCCUGCGUAUGCAAGUAAAAUCAUUUGAGUCGUACAUGAAUUCAUUACAUUUAUGCACUUUCAGUAAGAAAGUAUGUGCCUUCAAAAAUCGAAUGGGUUCGAUUUAAUACUGUAGAUUGUAGAUUUAAUAAUAACAACUAUGAAGCAACUUGUGCUAUAUAAUUUAUCAGCAAUCAGAUCCAUAAUUGAAAGUAGUUGUAAUAUGUUUAAUAAUAAUGAACAUUGAAAUUUAA